AACCAAAAGACAAGCCCGAGUGGGUGGGCUAGGAAAGCUGAGCAGGCCUAGUGUAUAUGGGCUUAGCGCGUACAGGCUGACGAGUCCAAUUCACUCUCUUUAGUCCAUUUUCACAUGUGGGAGUCACCAUUAGUUUUGGGCUAAAUUUUGGCUGGUAUUUGAGUUUUUUUUAAGUUCUAACACUUAACCCAAUUUUAGCAGAAGGGUUGGAAAGAAAUGGGGGAAGAAUAGAAGAGAAAUUUUAGGACCUACUCUAAGAGUUGAAGUUGAUAUGAAAGUAGAUAAUAUCAUCUGUUAAAAGAAAAGAAAAAAUUAACUGGUGAUGCGGGGUCUUCCAUUCAUUUGCAGCACAACCAAAAGCAAACGCAAAAACUAAGUGCAAGACCAAGAUUAGGUCUGACAACGGAUAUGUCUGCUCAACCAGCACCUCCCACAAUUCCUCUCCUUACUCCCUACAAACUGGGAAACUUCGAUCUUUCUCACAGGAUUGUUUUAGCACCGCUGACUAGACAGAGAUCGUACAACAAUGUUCCUCAGCCACAUGCCGUCUUAUAUUACUCGCAGAGAACGUCAAAAGGGGGUCUUCUCAUAGCUGAAGCUGUCGAAGUUUCGGAUACUGCUCGAGGGUACGUGGAUAUGCCUGGUAUUUGGACAAGGGAGCAAGUCGAAGCAUGGAAACCAGUUGUUGACGCUGUUCACACUAAAGGCGGUAUCUUCUUCUGUCAGAUUUGGCAUGCCGGCAGGGUUUCAAAUAGCGGUUUCCAGCCCAAUGGGCAAGCUCCAAUCUCUUGCACUGACAAGCCACUGACCCCCCAGCUACUGUCUAAUGGUGUUGACGUUGCUGAAUUCACGCCUCCAAGGCGAUUAGAGACAAAUGAAAUUCCACAAAUUGUGAAUGAUUUUAGACUUGCUGCACGGAAUGCUAUCGAAGCUGGCUUUGACGGGGUUGAAAUUCACGGGGCCAAUGGCUACAUUAUUGAUCAGUUUCUUAAAGACCAAGUGAACGAUCGAACAGACCAAUACGGUGGAUCUCUAGAGAAUCGUUGUCGAUUUGCUCUGGAAAUCGUUGAAGCUGUUGCUAAUGAGAUAGGAGCAGACAAAGUUGGACUUCGAUUAUCUCCAUUUGCCGACUAUAUGGAGUCAGGGGAUUCGAAUCCUAACGCAUUAGGCCUUUACAUGGCGGAAUCCUUGAACAAAUACGGGAUCCUGUACUGCCAUGUGAUUGAGCCAAGAAUGAUGACACCGGGAGAUAUAAGCGAAAGCUCCGAUAGUCUUGCGCCAAUGAGAGAAGCAUUCAAGGGUGCCUUCAUCGCUGCAGGUGGUUACGAAAGGGAAGAUGGGAACAAGGCCAUUGCUGAAGGCCGUGCAGAUCUUAUUGCUUAUGGUCGUUGGUUCUUGGCUAAUCCGGAUUUGCCAAAGAGAUUUGAGCUUAACGCUCCUCUAAACAAGUACAAUCGAGAUACGUUCUACACAUCUGAUCCGGUAAUUGGUUACACUGAUUAUCCAUUUCUUGAAACCACGGUUUAAGUAUCCAAUUAAAUGUGGAAGCUUGAACACUUGUACUUUUAUACCUGUAUACCUGCACUGAUGUUCUUAAAUGUUUAUCCUGUUGCAUUGAACA